AUGGGCGAGAUCGCACGCGACACUCAGCUGUCACAAAGUCGAGCGAAAGAGAAAAAAACAGCUGCGGCCGCGGGCGUAUCACGUGCCCGCUGUUACCGGCGCGCAUUCAAAAAACGUACUAGGAGAAAAGUCUGUGUUAGCAGCGUGUGCGGAGUCAGUGUGGCGAGGCGCGGGUUCCCGGCCGCCCGUCGACGCGACCGGAACAGGAGUGCGUGGCGGUCCGCGACUUCGUACGCCCUCUGCGUCGCGCCGCCUCGCACUCUUCUCGCUCGCGCCUCCUCCACAUCAAUUUCGCCGUCCCGUUCACCUGGCUCGGCGCCGCACGCCUCCCAUGGGCGGCCGCGAUUUCCCGCUGUCCGUCUGUGGCCGCAACAUGGCCGUACCACUCUGCAGACCACUGCUUACCAACUUUAA